GGAAGCAACUGGCAAACCUGGAUUUCCUCUGAGUUCCCUUUGAAGCUCAGGAAACCAUUGUAAUGCCCGUGUCCUGAAGGGGAGGACUUUUUUCUUCGUUUUAGUUUAGUUGUCUUUUUUUGGCUACCGCGCUUUUCUGCAGACGCAGGGAGGAAGGUGUGAUGCGCCAAACCAUCGCUCCAGUCCAGUUGCAAGUUUUCCGUGGUCCUCCCACGGCGCUCCAAAAGCUGGUGGCAGAAAGUUCACGGAGAAAUCCAAGCUCAGAUGAAAGGGAGGCAGAGGAUUUUGCGGGUGGGUCCUCCUCUGGGGCAAGUGGAUUACUCAGGAACACAGCGAUGGAAGAUUUAAAGCGAGUGUUCAAGAAAGCCAGCCCCAAUGGCAAGCUCACUGUUUACCUGGGAAAGAGAGACUUUGUCGACCACAUAGAUCUCGUCGAUCCAGUUGAUGGCGUCGUCUUGGUGGACCCAGAAUACUUAAAAGAGCGGAAAGUGUUCGUGACGCUAACAUGCGCUUUCCGCUACGGCCGCGAGGAUCUGGACGUCCUGGGCCUCACCUUCCGCAAAGACCUUUUCGUGUCCAACAUCCAGGCCUUCCCUCCGGUGGCCGAAGAGAAGAAGCCCUUGACGCGGCUGCAGGAACGGCUGGUGAAGAAGCUGGGGGAGCAUGCGUACCCCUUUACUUUUGAGAUUCCCCCCAACCUCCCCUGCUCUGUGACGCUGCAGCCUGGCCCCGAGGACACUGGAAAGGCUUGUGGGGUGGACUACGAGGUGAAAGCCUUCUGUGCCGAGACCCUGGAGGAGAAGAUUCACAAGAGGAACUCUGUGCGCCUGGUGAUCCGCAAGGUCCAGUAUGCGCCCGAACGACCCGGCCCGCAGCCCAUGGCUGAGACCACCCGUCAAUUCCUAAUGUCCGAUAAGCCCCUCCAUUUAGAAGCAUCGCUGGAUAAAGAGAUCUAUUAUCAUGGAGAACCCAUCAAUGUUAACGUCCACGUGACAAACAACACCAACAAGACGGUCAAGAAGAUCAAAAUCUCAGUUCGCCAGUACGCGGACAUCUGCCUCUUCAACACAGCGCAGUACAAGUGCCCGGUGGCGGUGGAGGAAGCCGACGAUGUGGUGGCCCCGAGCUCGACCUUCUGCAAGGUCUACACUUUGACCCCCUUCCUUGCCAACAACCGGGAAAAACGUGGACUCGCUCUGGAUGGGAAACUGAAGCACGAAGACACCAACCUGGCUUCCAGCACCCUGUUGAGAGACGGGGCCAACAAGGAGGUUUUGGGCAUUAUCGUCUCCUACAAGGUGAAAGUGAAGCUGGUGGUGUCUCGAGGAGGCUUGCUGGGAGACCUUGCCUCCAGCGACGUGGCCGUGGAGCUGCCAUUCACCCUGAUGCACCCCAAACCCAAGGAGGAGCCGCUGCACAGAGACGCUCCAGACAAUGAAGCUCCCAUUGACACAAACCUCAUAGAGCUUGACACAAAUGACGAUGACAUCGUUUUUGAAGACUUUGCCCGGCAGAGACUGAAAUGCAUGAAGGACGAGAAGGAGGAAGAGGAGGUGGACGGGACAAACUCGCCGCAGCUGAACGACAGAUAAACUGCUUGUCUCCCCGUGUUUCUCUCUCUCCACGUCUAACACCCGAGCACUAGAUUUCUCCUCUUUUGUAUAAGUUUUUGGAAGUUGCUUUCUUUUUAAAACGUUGACCGCCUGCGGGGAGAUCAGCCCUCCUGCAACGCUGGCCUGGGCUGGAGGUCAGCCUCAAGUCCCAAUUUUGGUGAUGGGCUCUAAGAAUUGAGCCGCAUCGAAGAGCCACGCUUAGGGCAUGUGUGGGUGUGCAUCUGUGUCUGUGUGUGUGCUGGGAGGGGGACGCUGUGUCAUGACUGUACUCCGCUUUCUGCUUUACCGGGGAGGAAGCAUAGGUUGAGAGCAAGCAUUCCUCCUCGUUACAAAACCCAAACUCGGGACCAAAUGCUAGGAGCGACAGGAGGCAAAUGAAAGAACUUCUUCACGCAUGGCCAGAAGAUGGCGAGAGGGCCAUUUGUGGGGGGGUUUGAAAGCCUCGUGAACGAGGAGAGGUCCCUUGGCAGUUCUUGAGCUUCAGAGGGGCAGAGGUGCUGCCAGAGGCUGCAAAAUGCAUGGGGGGGGGGAUUUGGACCAAGCCAGCAGCCACUCCUCCAGACAUGGCCAUCAUGUCUCCUUGCCAAAAUAAGGAGUGACGGCUGGCAGUUCCAGGUCUUCAGCACUUUUUACCCAUCCUGGCUUUCAGAGCUUAGGGGUCACUUGGCUAGCUUGAGACACACUGGGUUCCCCUUGCUCGGGUCAAGCUUUAAUGCCAGCCUACGCUCCAGGGCUACAAAAGCCGAGCCAACUCCUAUCGCCAAAGCCACGGUUCAGCCUCUGAGCCUUCCUGCGCUCCUCCAGGACUGGCUAAUCCUGGAGGUGGCUCACCUCCCCUUCCACAGCCUCCCUCUUCGCCAUCUGCUGCCCCAGGACCGAGUGCCACGUUCCUGGCCAACUGGCACCAUGCUGUAACCUCUUCUCCAGCAGACCUGACUUCCUGGCUGGCAGGUUCAUGCGACACUCUUAUUUUCUGGGUUUGCACAGGACCCAGGAUCCAGCUGACUCACAAGGAGGAUUCUCACAACCUGCUAAGCACAAAACACCAGCCAAGUUUCCCCCUUCCUUUCUCCUCUAAAAAUGCCAGAAAUUUGGGCCCUGCUCUUCCUGGCUGUGUCUCCAGGAGGUUAUGUCACAACACCAUUUUCCCAUCUCUGAAAAAGGACAGGGUUUCGGUUGCACAGACCUGGUGUCGUCCCCCCCCCCCCCAUGGACUCUCUUCUUGGCAGAACGAUGUCAUUUUCCUCAUUUUGAACGUUGAGCUUGGAUGGGUCUCCUGGGAUGCUGCUGAACCAAAAUGCGAUUUGCAUCUUUGGGGAUUAGCAUCCUGUGUGAAAUCAUCAAUGGGGUUGGUAAACCAGAGUUUAUCCUCUGAAUCCAGUUAGUUGUGGUUUGUUCAGUGAACCGUAGUUACUAAGGGUUGGUGUGUGGCUUGGACACUGCCUGCGACUUGAAAAAAGGUUUGGACAGAAAUAACACAUUAAAACGGUCAUUGGCCCACCUGCCCACCUGGUUCAGCCGCGCCCUCUAAAAGCUGAUGGGUCCCAGCCCAGGCUAGGGGUCUGAAGACUUCACCCGAGCCCCAGAUGGGGGGGCAGCGUCCCCACAGCCUCCCCCAGAGUUGAUGAUGAUGGAUGAGUGUUGGCCUGUCUUCACCCCAUCGUGGUGUGUGACCCUGGGGUCCUCGCAAUGUGCCCUUCCAGACUGGGGGAACAUUUGGGGCUCCCCACUGCCCCCCACACUGAGAUCAGGGCAGGGAUCAAGUGCAGUCAUGGCCGCCCCGCUCUCGGCAGCAUCCGCGCGCCUGCCGGCCCUGCGCUACGUCUAGCUAGUCCAGCUGCGUGGUCCAUUUGCUAAUGUGGUCCCUUCGUCCUGUUCUUAGCUUGGCUUCCGUCCCUGUUCUGUAAUGGUUUCUGUGGUUUUGUCAAAUAAAUUAUUCUAGUUUAUUAAUCUGAGAAAAGUUCCCACCUCCCUUUGAUGGCGUCUGGUGUCAUUUUGCUCCUUGACCAGCCAGGAGUGCCCGGACAGCUCUGUGGCCAGUGGUCAAUUGUGCCACGCUUCCAGAUGAACCCGCAGACUGAAACGGGCAGGGAGGUUGUGGGUUCUGCCUCGGCUGCUUCACACCGCACACUUUCUCACGUCAGUUACCAAGGCAAACAAGGCUAAACCUGGUUAACUUCAAGCUUGGUUCCUUUUCCUCUUUUGAGUGUGCUGGAUCACUUCGUUUCCGGUUUAAUGCAUUGUGUGAAUGCAGAAAACAGAUUAAUUCGGUAACCGUGCGAGUCUAGCUGUUGUGCCCAUCGCAGGAGGAAGGGUGCAAUGGGCAAAGGGAUGGUAAUGUUCUGAAGACUUGCUGGUCCUCUCCUGGCUUGUGGGACACCUGCAUUUCUGGAGAUGGAGAUUGCUGGUCCAAUUAGUGUCAUUUUGGACCAUCUAAACAGUGGUACAAAUGAACUUAGUGGCUAACUAUGUCAUGUUUUAACCCUGGAUCCUACA